AGAGGCAUCCAAAAUGCCGUCGACUGCUGAUCAGAAGGCUGCGCUGCCUACACAAACGGAGAAGCCAAACCAUUACAACUACUUGAAGGAGUUCCGUGUCGAGCAGUGCCCGCUGUUCGUACAGCACAAGUGCACACAGCACAAGCCGUUCACAUGCUUUCACUGGCACUUCAAGAACCAACGGCGCAGAAGACCGAUACGGCUCGCGCGGGACGGCACCUUCAACUACAGCCCCGAUGUGUACUGCACAAACUACGACGAGACGACGGGGAUAUGCCCCGACGGCGACGGGUGCCGGUUUCUGCACCGCACGGCGGGGGACACGGAGCGUCGCUACCACUUACGCUACUACAAGACGGGCAUCUGCGUGUACGACACGGACGCACGGGGCAACUGCGUCAAGAACGGCCCACACUGCGCCUUUGCACAUGGCCUGCACGACCUGCGCUCGCCGGUCUACGACGCCAAGGAGCAGCAGGCGUGCUUGGCCGGCGAUGGUAGCUCGGCCAAUGGCCCCGAUGAUGCCACCAAUGGCGGACCCAACAGCUUGGACAAGGAGCGGAACGCGCUCAAUGAGGACCCUCAUUGGCAGGAUACGAAAUAUGUUUUGACUAACUACAAGACAGAGCCAUGCAAGCGGCCACCUCGACUCUGCCGUCAAGGUUACGCGUGCCCCCAGUACCACAACAGCCGAGAUAAACGAAGAAGCCCAAAGAAAUACAAAUACAGGUCUACGCCGUGCCCCAACGUCAAGCAGGGGGACGAGUGGGGGGACCCGGCCAACUGUGAGAACGGCGACAGCUGCUCCUACUGCCACACGCGCACCGAGCAGCAGUUCCACCCAGAGAUCUACAAGUCCACCAAGUGCAACGACAUGCAGCAGGCCAACUACUGCCCCCGGGGGCCGUUCUGCGCGUUCGCGCACGUCGAGAAGGAGAUUUCGGCCGUGCGGGACCUCGGGCCAGACUACUCCACCAACCUGGCGGCCAUCCUGUCCAGCGCCCUGCCCUCCUCUUCGUCCUCGGCGAAUCACCAGGGAAGCUCCGGUUCCCCAGCCUGCAACAAUGACAACCCCUUCUCGCACGUGGGCUCUCAUGACCACAUGGCUGAGCAGCAGCAACAACACGCGGCAUCUUUAGGGGAAAAGGCUUGGUAUGCCGCGCAAGCGAAUGAUUGUAGCAACCCAUUGCCCAACCCGAUUGGCCGGCCGCGCUCGUAUAGUUCUUCCACUAACCACUCGUCCGAGUCGUUACCGCUGCACCAGAAGGCGCCGGGCUCCGAACGAGAGGACCGCGAGGCGAGCAUUCGGAAACAGCUCAAGGCCAUUGACAACGAGCCUAUGGCGGACCCCUUGGAAAAGGCGCGACUCAAACAGGACGUCUGGCUCGUGCACGGACUCACGCCGCCCCCGAUGACGUCGACAGCCUCGUCCUCGUCCUCUUUCUACCACUCGACAAACACUGUAGAAUCCGUUGUCGGUGUAGCACUUGACGACCUUAGUCUGGAAGACAUCAACGUUGAGGCCUCUAUAGACAAGGAUUUAGAAAAUGAUUCCAACCCUGUGAGCACGUCGAUAACGCAAGGACUUACAAGUUCAGGUUUACUAGGAAGUUCAGCGCCUAUGAACAUUCCGGGGGCGAGCGGCAUGCACUGCAAUCGGAGAUUGGGGAACUUGUCUCCCCCCGUGGGAUCCCUUCCCCACAGCCUCGGCCUGCAGUCCAGUCACGACCACACGAUGGACAAGGCGGCUGCUGCGUUCUACAGCCACUCGGGUGGACCAGGCUCCUUUUCAGGACCUAAAUACUCGGGCUUCCCGGGCAUGUACGACUUCAGCCAGGGGGCGCUGUCCUCCCCAUCGUCGUCACACUUGCUCUGGGAUGACCGGAUGGCCCCCAAGGCGCCACCGGGGCUGCACCAGCCCAUGCCGGGGUCGUGGGAGGAAGGCCUGGUGCAGGCGCGAGCCGUGUACGAGGCAUGGAAGCGAGAAGUGGAAGAGGCCAAGCAUAGGGAAAAGAUGGCAGAGUGCCAGCGAGAUGAGGCCCUUGGUCAGAUGGCUCUGCUGCAGAAGGAGCUGGAGGCCCUGGCGUCUGGGCGGGCGACUGGCUUCGGGCCCCUGCGGCUGCAGGAGCUCGAGAAGCUGCCGGCCUCCCAGCUGCGCCUGCUCCAGGAACAGCUGCGCGCCGACUUGGACGCCGUCGACAAGGUUCUGUACCAGCAGCAGUGCAAAAGCAAGUGCCUGGUAUGCCAACAGCAAAACCGCAGUGUGGCGGUGCUUCCCUGCAAUCACCUGGUGCUGUGCGGCACGUGUGCCACCGUUACGACCAAGUGCCCCUACUGCAGCUGUGACAUCGCGCGCAACAGCCUGCCCAUGUCCCUGUAGAAUGCACAGGGUCUCUUCACGAGUAGUCGUUGGGGGAGGUGUGCAAUCCGUUUUGGCUCCUUCCUCUCCUUUUUAUAGAACUUUUUUUUUUUCCUUUCUCUCUUCUCUCCUUGUUCCCCAUCGGGAUGAGGGCUUUUCUGAAGAGUCGCGCCCCCUGGGCAGCCUGCAGGAGUCUGUAGCGGGACUGUCGACCGUGCCAAGCAGUUCGACAGUACAUUUCUGGAGAUGAUGGAAGAACUCGACAUUCGAUGCACACUUCUGGCUGAGGUUUUGAUACGCCCGCCCCUCGACUGCGACGAUGUAUGUGAACGGGCAUUGUUUCGCAUUGGGCGCAAACUGUAACUUCUCCCCGACCUUGUUUAUUUCUACGUCCGCUGAGCUGUCGGUGGCGGUACCGUGCCUGCAUUUGGUUAACCGACGUCGUUUAGGUUGUGCUGUAGGUGACGUGUUGACGAAUUUGCGUUACAGUUGACUGCCCACAAAGUUGUGCAAACCGUCAUGUACAGGACAUUCUUGAGGGACUACUGCCACUGCUGUGCACUUUGGCUCGCUGCCUGCGUCACGUGCUUCUAGAAUCUGAACUGCCAUCGCAGCCGAAGUCUGGUCAUUUGAAGCACAAAGCGAACUUUGUAUGGGAUGGUAACUUAAAAGGGAAAGACUGAAAAGCGUUCAGGGCCGGUGUCUGCGACUGGUGAUGACUAGCAAGGAACGCUCUUUCAAAAGUGGACGGUUACAUUCUAAAGACAUGCCGGUUAGGGCACUGCAAGGAAAAUGCUGUUCAUUUGGCACUCCGUCACUGUCAGUCAAUGCCUACCUGCAUUCGUUGUCUCAGGUAGAUGUCAUCACACUUAACAACAGAAAAAACAUUUGAACAUCCACUGGUUUUAGCCUGAUGGUAAAACUGUUAUUAUUGUUAACCAGUGUUAAAAGCACCAGAAGUUUUUCCCGCUGUUGAGUUGUUUCUGUAGAGUGCUGGUACCGUUGUGGUGAAAUGUUGUGUUACCGCUUAUUUAUUUAUUUUUUAGUUGUACGCUGCUGGCCGCAUUAGGUAAGAAAUUGUGUUAUCAUACAAUGUUAAAAUCAAGCAGCCGUUUAUAGGUAAGAAAUUGUGUUAUCAUUAUACAAUGUUAAAAUCAAGCAGCCAUUGGUGAAAUAUUGUGUUACCGCUUAUUUAUUUAUUUUUUAGUUGUACGCUGCUUGCCGCAUUAGGUAAGAAAUUGUGUUAUCGUUAUACAAUGUUAAAAUCAAGCAGCCGUUUACUUAUUGGAAGUAUAGCGUUAUGUCCAUUGUUUUCCUUACAUGCUAAAUCAUGGCAGCAAACUAAAGAUAGUAGUCUGUUGUGCUGCUGGGUACGCUACUCUCAAUUUUCAGUGAAAUGACGGCCUUGACGUUUUCACUCCAGAUCCUAGUGUUAUAUGCAUAUUGUGCAGUUCAAGAGUGGGUUCCUUACAAGUCUCAAGGCAUGUCCCUGUCUCAAUGUGUCUCUAUAGAUUUGGGUUGGAAACAGUAUUGAUACUGUUUGUGCAUUUCGAGUGUUUUUAUGGUGUGGCAACAGUCGAAAAAAUCUGAAUGCCAACUUGUUUGAAAACUUUCCAGGCCAAGUCCACGAGAAGUAGCUGUCCCAGACAUUCAGAUUGAGGAAUAAUGUUCGGCGUACAAAACGUCUGAUGGACCCCGUUCUCCAGGAAGUGCGUGUUACAGGGUUGAAGUGACGUUGGUGCAUUUUAAAUUUUUUGUUAUUAUUUAAGAUUUUCUGCACAAAUGUGUUCAUACUAACUGUGCAAGACUAUGGUACGUCAAGGUAAAAAUCGCUAUAUUAUGUACUGACUGAAACUGUGCCGCUGCUGUGCAGGCAAGGUGUGUGGUAGGAUGAGCAGAGCUCUCAAAUAGCGAAACAGUCUCAGCAGGUCCUCUUCCAAAUUUUUCUUUCUCCUCAUUUCUUGGUAGCGUCUUGCUUCAGUAAUUUGCGUGCUUGACAGUUUACAGUUGUCUAAUAACUCGGGAGUGUAGCAACUUUUUCCGUUCUCCCCGUCCUCUUAGAUUGUAAUGAAAGUGUCAGCGUCUGUCUCGUGCAUGUCAAGGUGUGAUGGAUGUUGAGAUGUGAACGGUAGCGAGGCCGUUGGCCUAGUCGCUGUGGCGAGACCAUUGUGUGAAAGACGGUGGAACUGUGGAUUGCAUUGCUGCGUACGUGCCGCAGCAUGACGAAGUGAACCUUUUGAGUGUUGUGUACGUUAGACGGCAGAUCGACGAGGUGUUCGUUGCAGCGUCGAGAAAUGUCGCCUCUGUAUGUUCGCUGGCAUGAAUAGGGACCCACUGGAUAUCGCAGCGCGGGCGUUAUUUUUUCGUUUGAUAGCUGUGAAUUUUUUCAGCGGGGCUGCAGUAUUUGAAUGGGUGGCGUGUCUUUUCCGCAAGGCAUUUCCUGUUAUUAUAAUUUUUUUUGUACCACUACUUCUGCUCUUGUGAAGGGAUUUCAGUGAGACAAGCAAGGCGAACGGAAACGCUUUGUAGGCACUGCGACUGAAGAGUCUUUUGGUGUGUCGCAAUAUGCGAGAUGCAAAGAGACUGUUAGGAGGUUUUCAAAUGGCUGUCAUCUAGGCCUACAUACGACCUGGUGGGACAGCAGGGGUGUUUGUGUUGUGUGUGUUGAGGUGUGCACUUGUGCAUGGGGCAGAAUGCUUAGUGCAUUUGGUCCAGGUGGUGGUUGUUUUGAGAGGUUGAGGCAGGUACGGGAUGAAACAUACUACGGCUACCAGCUACUUGUACUACUUUUUGGUCAUGGCAUCCUCGGGACGCUGUAGAACUUCGUGUAGACACCGGUUUUUGUUUCCUUCUUCAGUAAUGACGGGACAGCUCGGCCUCUUCCUGCCUAAAUACCAAGACGUGUGCGACGCCGUCUCCCAUCCUUACUCUGUCCUGCUCUCACCCUUUGCUUGGCAGGUGUGUCAUGUACCUCGCCUCGCGCUAUGAGUAGUUCAUUGUAUGCUGCAGUGCGACGUCCCUCCCAUCGGCAACCAGCAUUAGCGAAGGUUUCGUGCCGUCUUUUUGACGUAUUGUCUAUAGCUCUUGUUCUCGCUUCAUAGGAUUAGCGUUGCCUGGUUCCUGAAAACCUCUCGCCCUCUGGCUUUCAUUGAAGCCUGUUCAUCUGUGACGUCAUGCUGACGGGUUGCAUCGUGGCGGCACUUUUGCUCGGUUCUUUCCCCAGAGCGAGGCGGAAGUGAGGCUGUGGGGUGAGGCGCAUUAGCCGGUUCCUUCAAUCUUUCUUCCCUUAUGUUUUUUUAGUCUUGUACACGUUUGCCACCUCCUUCCCUUACGUUUUUUUUUUAGUGGAGGUUGAAUAGCGAAAAAAUUCUUCCCGUUGUUGUGCUUGAGUGGGUAGAGGGUUUUUCUUCUUUGCAGCCGGGGGACUUAGCGCUGUAACCAGAUAUUCAUAGUUUAUAUAGUAGUAUGACGUAUUUAUGUAUAUCUAUUGUAUGUACUAUCCACAGAAAGGAGAGCGGGCUGCCUUGGUGGGUGGGUUAAUAGGUCGUUGUAGUUUUCUGUCGUGUUUUUUCUUCUUUCAAGGCCCUCUCUCUCUCUCUCUAUAUAUAUAUAUAUAUAAUAUCUCUGGUCUCCCGUAAACUGCGUCGGAGGCUUGCUGUUGUGGUCACUCUGUGGCUGCAGGAACAACUUUGUAAUGCCUGGCGGGAAAAAAAAAUAAAUUUAUAGGAAUUUUCACAAGAGCUGAGAAAAAGGAAAAAAAAAAAAACAGGUAAGCUUAGGUGUAAAUUUUAAACUAACAAAUUGAAUGCACAAAUAGGUCAUUUUCUCUAUAUAUUUUUUUUCCUUUCAUAAUCAACAGUGUGCGUCUUAUUCAUGAAAGAGUCCAAAAGGCUAUUUUCACAUGCUACAUGCUUGCACGUGUGUGUGCAUACUCCGUUUAUUGCCGAUGGUCUCUUCCCUCUUUAUUGGGGAGAAUGGAGAACAUUCGGUCGCGGAGGUCGACUGCUCGCGGUGGCGCGGAGUCGCACUUUCUAAACUUUUUUUUUUUUGUCGUAGUCAUAUAGAGUUCGUCUUUGUCUUUUGUUCUCCAAGCUAUUUUUCUAUUCCAGUUUUGCCCCUUGUGACUCCUGAAGAACUUUCGAAGGCUUCGACUUCGUACUACCAAACGCACAACUAACUACAAGAGGUUUCGCACUGCGUGUUCUCUUGCAUGGCUUUCUCGAAUUCUCUCUUGUCUGAAUUUGUCCGGUUUUGUUCAGCAUUGCCUGCCCUCUAUGGAUGUGGUAAUGGCUCCGAGGCAAAAGUGAUUGACGCUUCACUUUGUUCUUCUGCUGUACAAGGAGUGACUGGCUGGCUCCCAAUUUCGGGGGGACGGCAAGGAAAGCAAGAAAGAUCAAAGUUGAGGGUGUCGUGUGCAUCGACUAUACGAGGUGGUUCGAGAGAUUUGCAUACCGAAAGGAGCUGCCCCCGGAGUGUGUAGGUGGUGCCUUCGGUCUGAACGGAAGCAAAGGGGGGACAAGUUCAUUCUUCCUGUUUUGCUCUUUCUUCAUUGUCAUUAUUAUUGUUAUUGCUGUAAAUAGGAGAGCAAGCGUGACGUUUCCUCUUGUGACAAUGACGCAACACUGCUACAUCCUUUCGUACAACAAACGCACUAAAUUAACCUGUUGUUGCUAACAUCAAGGCUUGAACGAAUGCGCGACAACACGCGAUGUUUGCGCGCAUGUUCUCUGAAAAAAGCAACAACACUCGCACUGGCAUUACGCACAAGCUAGGUCAUUAUUGUAAUCUUGUAGGAACAAACGUAUAAAAGGGGAAAAAAGUUUUUUUUUCAAUUUUUUAAGAAAGGGGGCAGGCCUGUUGUGCAUCGUAAAAUGGGUGGGCGCGUUGCUUACAGCCAGUGCAGAUCUAGCAUUGGCUGUGUUAGUCUGGUGUUCGUUGGGGAGAAAAAAGAGGUGGGGAUGAUGUCCCUUCUCAACUAGGUGUCGGUGUUGACCGGUAUUUUUCGCAGCAUGGCCCUGCCGGUCGUGCCGUCAACAUAGUCUCGUGCAGAUUCUGACGUAUUCUUGCGUUGCCGCAUGUGAUUGCUGAAAGUGUAAAUAGAAACAUGGUGCGUUCUUCGCCAACUGUUGCAGAGUUCAGUACGUCUUGGUCUCCUCAUCGUUAACGAUACCAAAUGUUGUGUGAAUGAUGACGCUGGGUAAACGUUAACCUUUCCAGCCAAGUCUCGGGCUUACUUUAAAUUUGGCGUAGAUAUUGCAGAUUGCCACAUCUGUCUUCUCCGACGCCAUGUUUAUUGUUCGUUGCUAGCCCUUUUCUUGCCGCAAGGGUUUAUAGAAAUGGAAUGGUAGCGUUGUCCUGCACUCAUAUUAGUAGAACGAGUUGGAAUCACUGCUGCAUUGUGGGAAAAUCGGCACUUUUUGUCCAAGCCAUAAUCGCAGAAGAGGCAUGCUUCUGAUCCACUUUUGAUAAAACUGGCUUAUUAUGCAUAGAAGCAUGGUAUCUGAUAUGCAAGUACCAUGAAUUUGUGUGUAAGCUAACAGCAGUGAAUAUUGUGUAAGUGAACUUCCAUGCAAAGUUUUGGCGUAAACAGUGCCCCUAGUAAAAUUUUUCUUUAAGCGAGCCAGUUGUCUAAAUUCCCAAGUAAAAAUCUGUAAGCGCGCUUGUGUGCCAGCUAAGAUCUGUGUGAAAUUUGUGUAUAAACCGAAAUUAUUGUGUAAGCAAAACUACAAGCAAACUUUGGUUGCAAGUGAAUCUCCCAUGUGAAAUUUAUGUGCAAUUGGGAGCUGCUGCAGAAAUAGUAUGCAUACGGUCAUUCACGAAAAAUUUGUGUGAAAGCAAACCUCUAUGCAGAACAUGCAUGUAGGCGAAGCUGUCGGGAAAAUUUACGUGGAAACGAUCCUCCGUGUGAAAUUGACAUAAGCAAACCUUCGUGUGAAAUUUAUGUUUUCUGAUAACGCGGGGGGCUCCCCCUGCUCUGCAGGUAGAAUCUCUCAGUGGAAACUCGAGGUUGUUCGUUUCACGCCAGUCAUCGUCUCGACUUUGAGCCAUGUGCCGUCAGAGUUGUUUUUCGGCUGUGCACAAGCAUGUUGAGUAGUUCAACAUUGUAGAACCAACCGCAUCUUCUCCGCGACACCGCUGCCGAGACAGUAUUGAUAGCAUCGCUGGCAGGCCUGUGUCGUGCCAAGCUGAGGUAGACGACAGGCCAUUUUUUUCUUGUGCCGCUGUGUGGGCGGUUUUUUCGCACGCGCCAGUCUGGUUGUGCAACACCGGUUAUCUGCAAAUGCCGCAUUUGUAGUCGUUUUUCUAGGCUUUUUCAUAUUUUUGUCCCCUGUCCCAUUUUUUUUUUCUUUAGACCAUCAUUUUUUUUACAUCACGCUUGAUCACGUUUAGGUGGCGGUUGCUGCGUGUAUGUGUUUUGUUGUGCAUUAUUGCGCCUCUGUUUGUGUAUCAGUGUUUUUCUUUUAUCUCCUUAUCGGAGUUACCUGUGCAAGCUUUCUAAAUGCAUCGAGAGAGGAAACUUGAGAUGGCUCGUUUCACGCCAGUCAUCGUCCGGACUUUGAAAUGUGUAAGCGGAACCAUGUGCCGUCAAGAGUCUUAUUUUGUUUUCUGACUCGUAGUUCUUAACUCGGAAUGUGUCCUUUAUGAUGACUGCUUGGCACAAUAUGACAAAAUGCUUUCUUAAAAUGUGUGUUUACUAAAGAAAAGGAUGAAAAUAAGAACUGAUCUUAACCUAAAAACGCUGCUUAUGUCACAUAACAGCUUUGUUUGUGCCGAGCCCAAUUCAAGCUCAUUUUAGCACGAAUCGUUCUACAGGCUGCAAAGCGAACGUUUUCAGGUUUCCUCUUUACUGGUACUACACUUUAUUUCAUUAGUAGUUGACUAGGGUUUUUAAUAUAAAAAUAUGCUGCCAUAUUCAAGCAAAUUAGAAUCGCUCUAAAAUGGGCAAUCAUUGGCAACUUGUAAAUCCUUUGUGUGUGUGCGUAUGUAUAGUGCACGUGUGGUUAAACAAAUAUAUUUUAAUUUAGUUUUUUUCUUUUUGCUCGCAUGGGCGUCCAUCAACUCGCUCAGGAGUUCGCGUCCUGCAGUGAAUGCAGUUCUCCGGGCAUAAGAGAAUAUCAAAGGCCGAGUUGGCAUCGUGAUAAAAUUCGUAUAGGGUGCUACGUGUAAGAUAAUGCCUUUUUAUUUUUUUUCUAGAUCGCUCGCGUUGAGAUCAAUUGGCGCAUAAGUUUUCGGAGCUCGAGAUUGUGGCACUGUUUCUUUUUUAAAAUCUUGUUAAGAUUAUCUGCCAAAGCUAUAAAUAGUUUUAUUGCACCCUAGUGGGUUUUAUUUGGCUGUGGCAGUCGCGAAUGAACCGAGACGUACUUUCAUUUUUCUGUACGUUUUGUUUACUUGUACCUGGACUAUAGAAAGCUUAUAAUGCUUGUUUCGUUGCUUUAAUGAUUAGUAUUUAUAACCUGUUUACGACUAGCUGUUAGCUUUGUUUGUUGCAUGUGGCAAAUCCAUUUGUAAGGGGGCAAUCGUCUACAGACCAUUGAAUGUAGUCUGUCUAAUGGCAGUCUUAAGUACCCCAUUUGGUGGGGCACAUGAAAAGAAAACAAGAAAAAAAGUAACUGGGAGAUGCACAGAUUGUAUGCGUGUGCGUCUGAAAUGUGUACGGAGCUGCGGCCUUGCACGGCAACGUGUCGUUUGUGCAGAUGAAGCUUCACAUGUCGGUGUUCUCUUGUGAAACAUUUUUGGAGGAGCUUUAUUGCAGAGUCUUCAGCCAUAGGUUUUAAGGAAUAAUAAUAAUAAUAAAUACAAAAAACAGCCGUCGAGCAAUUCAACUGUCGCGAGACCUUUUCGUGUGGCUGGGAAAAGGAAGUCGCUGGUUGUGUGGUCUUGUUUUCCAAGCCGGUCAACACACUGUGAUGAUGAUUUGAUUUGAUACGGCCAAUGCGACGUUCCCUGUAAUACAUAAGCUAACCAGUACCGCAACCUCCAGUGUUUUAUGGACGUUUUUACAUGUGUACAUAAGAGUAGGCGUAUUACCCUUGUGCUUAGGCUGUCUUGUGUGGCAAGUCAAAUUUUUCUGGUGCGGGCGCGGAAAGAUGCGUUGCCUCGUCAUAGGUAGAUAUUUUUGCUGGGGCAGUACUAUUUUUCUCAUGAAAUUGGGAUUUCAUAGUGUUUAGAGGGUCUAUGCAAAGGGCUACGACAUGUUUCGGUGGGGGCAGGUCGGUGAGAUGUUGCAAUUGGCUGCAGCUGCUGUUGCUAUGGAGAUGGACGAUUGCACGCAAUCAUUAAUGAGUGAUGUUAGAGGGGAAAACAAAGGCUCGAGGGCUUAGAAUUGCUGGACACAGUGCUACUGCUCGUCGUUGGCAUUCUGUCCUUUAUCACAUUUUCAAGAAAAAAAAAUUUUAUGAGGUGAUGACGAAUGUUUCUACGAAUCUCCCGUACCUUGUUUUUAUGGUGUCCUGGGUUACGAUGAACCUUAGUACAAUUUUUUUUCUUUUAAACGAAGGUGUUCAACCAUGCCACGUAUCCAGUGCUUAAUUAAAGCCCACAGUAUGCUUCAGCUUUGUUGUGUUGCUGACCAAGUCGUGUUUCAAAAUGUCGAUUGUUUGUCUUUGGUGUAUUGUUGUUACUUUUUUCUUGCACAUGUGAUGCCCACUCGUUUUCGUGCUUCUCGAGGCAAACAAUGUUCUUUCUCUUUUGUGGUAACGUUUUCUUUCUGGUGUAACUUUCUCGCAUCUGUGCAACUGUUCUUGAGUCGAGUCAUUUUAUUUUGUGCAUACUCUGACAUCAAAGUUGAACGAAAAAUUAAUACAGAGAAGGAAAAAAAAAAAUGUGCACGACUCUUGUGUUCACCUAAAAAUCAUAGUCUAGAUGUUUUUAUUGUGGCUUUUAUUUCUUCUGUGUUUUGUUUUCUGUUUCAUUUCUCUUGUGAUGAGAAAUUCUUUGUGUAAUUGAAAUAUUUCUUAAAAUUUAGGCAUAAUUAUGUAAAUAAAAUCAACUAUAGGAUUUUA